AUGAAGAAGGACUUUUUGAAAAGUGAAGGAACUAAGUAUUUAUCAGAACGUCCCCUACAGGAUCUCAGUAAAACGCUGGCUGAAUUAACAGGUAUACCGGAAAAGUUCUUUAGUGUUCACAUUCAAGGUGGUCAAAAAAUGCUGUUCGGUGGCAGCUAUGAUCCAACAGCAAUAAUUCACGUGACAUCGAUUAACUUAAAAGAUGAUCUACCAGAAAAAAUAUCGAAUGAAGUUAUGACUCUGUUUGAAAAUGAACUGAAUAUACCGGCUACACGAAUGUACAUCCAUUUUGUUACAACGAAAGCUGAUAUGGUUGGUUAUAAUAAGUCUACUAUGGCUAAUUAUUAA